AAUAUUGUGAUAAAAAUACAUCGUGAAUGUGGCGUGUGUUGUUUGGAAUAUCGUGAGUCGUAAAUAAAAAUGCCUUCGAUAGACUGGUAUUACUUAAUAUAAGUGUACUUCAUGUGUGUUAAAACAAUAAUCAACAUAAAAGCCUUCUGUGAAUAACAAUAACUGGUGUAAAGAAUUGUUUUACUUUUGGUAUUUUGUCAUAUGUUGCACGCCUGCCUUGGGGUCUUGAUGAGGACAAAAAAAUAAUCAGUAAUUCCGAUGCUAAAUUGAUAAUGCAAAAUAGACACAACCAGUCUUCCGGCACGUUAUUGCGCUUUCUCGUGACAAUGCGGUGCCUUAUGUGUGAAUAUAUUUUCUAGUGUAGUUCUUUAAGUAUUAACCUCAUAAUGGUUGUUAGAGCGGAAGACGAAUAACGACAAGAUGAGUCACAAUCUGGCGGGUAUGCCGUCUUAUAGACUGCCUGGGCCCGGGUUGGGUCCUCCAGACUUCAAACCGCCCAUGGACACUCCUACACCACCGGCCGCUGCGCCCAGUAACCCCAAAAAGAGAAGAAAAACAUCAAAUGCAAACAAUGCUCUCACACCUCCACAACCUCCACCAACAGCCCAAGAUUUAUUGCCACCACCCCUCACAGGGUAUGGUGAUACAAUUGUUGCUUCCAACCCCUUUGAUGACUCCCCAUCUACAGUUUCUCAUAAUGGACCCAUGAUGAAUCAAAAUGGUCCCAUGAUGAGUCAAAAUGGGCCAAUGGGAAUGAUGGGCCCUAUGACCCACAGCAUGGGUGGGCCACCGAUGAGGCAUAUGAGUCCUUUACCACACAACAUGAGUCCUAUGAGUCAACAGAUGCCACCAAGAGGAGGGAUAAGUCCCAUGGGGAAUAUGAGUCCUAUGGGUCAUAGUCACAUGGGUGGGAUGUCUCCCAUGGGAGGACCAAAUAUGGGUAUGAGUAACCACAGUAUGGGUCCAGGUAUGGGACCAACAUCAAGAUCAAUGGGAAGUCCGAUGAGUCCUAUGAAUUCAAUGCCCAUGGGUUCUCCGAUGUCUUCAGGACCAAUGGGUAGUCCAAUGAAUAUGGGAUCCAUGGCUGGCAGUCAUAUGAGCAAUAGUCCUAUGGGACCCCCAAUGCAUAGUCCGCUUGGAGGGGGUUCAAUGAAUGGUCCGAUGAAUGGACCAAUAAAUGGCCCAAUGGGUGGUGGCCCAGGUAUGAAUGUUCCUCGCAUGAAUGGCCCUAUGGGACCCAGUUGUUCUAAUGGUUCUAUGGGCCCAACUAGUUCUAUAAUGUCACCAAGUCCUAUGCAGAGUGGGGGGAUGGGUCCGGGACAUUGCGGGCCAAUGAGACACGGCAGCCCGAUGGGCUCAGGAAUGGGAAGUGGUCCCAUGGGUGGAAAUGGACCUAUGACAUCAAUGGGUCCCGGCCCACCAUAUUCAGGGAACCACAUGAGUCACAGUGGUCCAAUGGGUAUGGGGGGAAGCAGUUCAAUGGGAAUGGGUCCAGGACCUGGAAAUAUGGGAAAUUGUGGGCCACUGGCUGGUAUGAGCGGAAUGUCAAUGGGUGGUCCAGGUGGUCAGGGACCCAUGGGGCAGAAUAUGGGAAUGUUUGGACCAAAACCUAUGCCAGUGAGUGCAGGGAAAGUGUACCCACCAGACCAACCUAUGGUGUUCAAUCCUCAAAACCCUAAUGCUCCACCCAUUUAUCCCUGUGGAGUGUGUCACAAGGAAGUCCAUGAUAAUGAUCAAGCUAUUUUAUGUGAAUCAGGCUGCAACUUUUGGUUCCACAGAGGAUGCACCGGGCUGACAGAGCCAGCUUUUCAGUUGUUAACAGCGGAAGUAUACGCUGAAUGGGUGUGUGACAAGUGCCUACAUUCUAAAAACAUACCACUGGUGAAAUUCAAACCUUAACAAUGAUACCUGUUUGCCGAGAGCUCAUCUACAAUCAUCACAUAUUUAUUUCACUUCAUUAUGGACUUUUCAAAUAAUUUAUUGAAUUACGGAAUGGAGUCAAAGUAUGAAGGAUCUCAUGGGUAGGAUUUUAGUAAUUUUUGAGUGGUUUCCUUAAAUUAUAUUGAACGGAUAAUAAAGUCGGAAUCAAUGUUUUUAUAUAUUACCUAUAUUUAUAACGUGUUUGAAAUAAAAACAGUGAACAGUCAUUAUUAUUAAUUUUGUUGCUAAUUCAUUGAUGGGGAUGUUGAAUUUCUAACUUAAUUUUUGUCAUUAUCAUGGGAUGAGUUUAAGUUUCGAUUUUUUCAAAUAAUUUUCUGUUCUGUUGUUUUAAAUACAUAUCCGAAUGAGCAAUUGUAUGUGAUUCUAUCAAAUUUGUAUUACAUGCAGCUUUAGAGUUUUUAAAAUGGCAUAACCACAUUGAAAGUGCCUUUUGUAACACAUAACAAACAGAAAAUUAUCAAUAUAGGAACUCUAUAGACAAUUGUUGACAGUUUAAAAAAAAAAAAAACAUUAUGCCAUAACUAAUUUAAGAAGUGUGUAUAAAAAAAAUAUAUAUAUAAUCUUUCAUAAGUUUUUGUGUAAUGAGUUUCAAUAUGUAUCAUUAUAAAGAUAAUUUUUCUUAGUAUUACAGCCAUUAGCAGCUGCAUGUAAUAUAAAAAAAACGAGCAAUACUACACUGGCUGGUUAUUUGCCCUUUGUAUCGCUAUAUAGAUAUGUGCAUAUUGUAAAUAUUAGAAUAGUAAGUAUGAACUUCCGCCUUGAAAUAAUUUUGAAAUAUUAAUUAAUUAUAACAAUAAUUUUCAAUAACAAUAACCACACUCGAAUAAUCGUAAUGCAAAAAUAUAAGACGAAGGUGGGUAUGGAAAACAAAAAAAAAAAAAAGAUCCACAAGGUCUCAAUGUCUCGGGUAUUUGACUACCUGGUUCACAUGAAAAAGGUAAAAGUAAUGUUGAAAUAUUGACGAUUUUAAAAACGGCUUAAUACAAAAAUUUUACCUUACACAUAAAAAGUGAUUUAGUAUUCAGUUGAAUAUAGCAACGUAUUAUUUUAUAACAAACUUUCUGAUAUUUAAAAUCAUUGAUACAUUUAUUUACAGAGUAUUUAUUUGUCCAUACAAGUUAUUUAUAUGUGCAGUGGGUGGUAUCAAACCUACACGGCCAUUCUAUAUUUGCUAUUGAUAAUGUACUUAUUUUCGUGUCCCAGUUCGCAUGUUACAAUACGCGUUAUCUUAAAAUACAUGUACAUACAAUGAAUCCAUACGCUUUGUUAAAUAUAAGAGUGUUAAAAUGUGUUUGUCAAUUUUUCUAACUUUUGAAGAUUUUUUUUUAAUGUAAUUAAGCUUGUAUAUUAAGGUAAUGUAAAUAUUAUAGUUUAGGAUAACGAACUGAGAUUAUAUAAAGAUGCGGGCUCCAGGUAACUUCAACGGUUGUGAUUUAUUGAGUGAUUCGCAGCUUUUAUUUGUUGUCACUCGCCGCCAUGUUUUUAUUCUGGAGUCAUGAUUGGACUUGUGUACUGAAACAUUUUAAAUUUGGAAUACAUAUAUGUUUUUUUUUUCUGAAUAUAGUUGUCGUGUUUUGCCAGAUAAGAUUUUAAUGUGGAUAAUUUUGAAUUCUGUUAAAUGUCUUUUAUCGUUUAUAAUUACUGUGUUUUUAAAAUUUGUAAAUUUGCUUACCAGAAUAAUUUCUCGCAUGCUAUCUCUGGGUUGUGUUUUUAACUGUUACUUAAAACCAUGUCACUUAGUGAAAAAAAAAAUAUAGCUUUUUUCGUUCAGUAUAUAGAAAUCUGUGGAGAUUAUUUGGUGUGUUUUGUAAUUUCUGUGAUUUUAAUUUAAUUUUGUUUUUUUUUUUUUUAAUAACAGAAUACGUUGUGUGAAUCGAGCCCGUGUAUGUAUUAUAUUAAAAUAAAACGCAGCAAUCUAGUGCCUAAGCCUGUUUGUUCAUGAUGACUUUAUAGCAGUUAAAAAAAAAAUAAGAUAAUUUUUAAUGAGAUUUUUCAGAAUAACAUAUUUAUUUAUUUUAAAUACCAUGACAUAAAUGAAUAGUAAUACAUAAAUAUAUGUCUUGUAUGUAGUUUUACAUAUUUGUGGCUGCGUGUGCCAGUUUUUUUUUAUUAAAUAUAUUGUGGUGUGACACAUCUGGUUGAUUAAAUUCUUUCAUAAUGAUGGUGCCAGUAAUAGCCUUAACUUAAUCUGUCUAUUCAAUAGUACAUCUCCAACAGAUAUCAUAAUUCUUGACAGAUGUGCUCGUACCUACAUAUAAAGGGUUUAUAAUUUCCACAUUUGUGGAUAUUCAUGUGUAGUUAGUUAUAAUCGCUUAGAGAUUUGGGUGGCGAGAUAACAAUUUUUUUUUUUUUCUAAAUACAUUUUGUAAAUAUAUUUAACGAAUCGAAGAGAAUCGCUUAUUGUACAGUUAAAUAUAAAUUACGUCUAUUGUAGGAUAAGCGGCCAUGAAUGUAAUGUAAUAUUAAUUGUCGUGAGAGCAUCACAAUUAUUUACUUGAGACUGCUAUGUAUAUUAGUUACACCUGUUACGUGUUAGUUAGAUGGGCUUGACGUACAUGUUUAAAAUAUAGUCAGUAAUGUUUGAGCGAUAAGGUUCGUAUUUGAAUGUACGGAAAGCCCACAGCUAGCAACACUGAGAUGAUAGCAAAUUGUAUUUCAGAAUAUUUUAUAAAAGUCAAAUAGAAUUACAUACAUCAGUGGUCUUAAAACUUGUGCAUAGUUUAUUUUGUAUUAUGUGAAUAAUAACAAGCAAUAAUAAAAUUGUUACUGACGA